AUGUCUCUCUUUAUUGGAGUGUACCAGGCCUUGUACGACUAUGGGGCCCAAAAUGAAGAAGAACUUACCAUAUCAACGGGCGAAUUGUUGUACUUGUUAGAGAAAUCUGAUGUUGAUGAUUGGUGGAAGGUUAAGAAGAGAGUAGUUUCAUCUGGUGGAGACGAAGUUGAAGAACCAGUUGGUUUAGUACCUUCAAAUUAUAUUGAACCUGCUCCAGUGGUUAAAACAGCAGUAGCAUUAUAUGAAUACAAUAAGCAGACGGAAGAGGAAUUAUCAUUUGAUGAAGGUGCCAAGUUCAACAUUUAUGAUGUUAGUGAUCCUGAUUGGUAUUUGGCAGGUGAUGUAGCAACAGGUACUACAUUUGGGUUUCUUCCUUCAAAUUAUGUUGAGAUUGGAGAAUUGGGUGGUGGUGGUGUUGCUGCUGCUACUGCUGCUCCUAUUUCCACUCCAACAACUACAACGGCAAUCACUAAUGCUGAUGUAACUUAUAGACCCAAUGCUUCAACUACUAAUUUGGAUAAGGAAUUGCCUCCUCAUCCGCUUGAACAAUCUCCUUAUAAGGAGCAGAGUCCAUUGGCAACUUUCCCACCACCUCCCAAGCACCAGUCAUUGAGUGGUUCCCGGGAACGCGUGGUUUCCCUUGAUGGAAAUGACGACGAAGAAGCUCCACCUCCAAUGCCAUCAAGACCUAAUAAUAAUAAUAAUAAUAAUUCUAUGUCCAUGUCAGCCAGGCACGAUUACGACGACGAUGAAGAAUCAGCUCCGCCAACUCCUUCACGUCCAAUGGCACAGGAUUCCAAUGACCAAGAGCAUUCAUUUGAUGGUGAAUAUUUCACCUGGUAUUUGGAUGAAAUCGAAGGGAAAAAAAAGAGAGCCAUUGUAUUAUCUGUUGGGAAAGGUUUGAUUAUUUUAAAACCCAAUACCAAAAAGUAUCGCUUGAAAUCAGCCAGCCUGGUUGAUAACCAAUGGAAAAUAAAGGAUUUGCUAGAUUAUUCUUUUGAAAAGAAGCAUUUCUUUUUGGAGUUUAAGAAUCCACAUGCAUCCAUUGAAUUACAUACGGGUUCUAAGGAUGUAGCAGAGGCCAUUUUCUCUGUAUUGGGAGAUUUGAAAGGUGCUACAACUGCAACUGCUUUACGAGAAGUUGAAAGAGCAUCUCAUACAACUACAAAUGCUAAAAAUAGAAAGAUUGGAAGACUUAUGUAUGAUUUUGAUGUCCAAGGUGAAGGUGAAUUAGGAGCUCAAGAAGGCGAUGAAGUGUAUAUCAUUGAUGAUUCCAAAUCUAGAGAUUGGUGGAUGUGUCAAAGUGUUUCUAGUGGUAAGCAGGGUGUAAUUCCUGCUUCCUAUAUUGAAAUCAUUGGUACUACUAACUUGGAAAAGUUGACUGGAGAAUUACCUCUGAGAAAGGCCAUAAAGAUCUCAUCUCCUUCAAGGUGGAAAAACAAGAAUAGUAACAAUAACACUGGCUCCAGAAAUGGCAGUGGCAAGAAUAGUAAGGAAAGAUCAAGAGCUGAAAGGGAAAGAAUUAGAGAACAUGAUCGGAUGCAGAGAGAAAGAAGUAGGGCAUCAAAGGAACCUUCUCCUAGAUCAGACGAAGAUAAGUCCAUGCCUAAUUAUCAUAGAGUUAGAACUUGGAUCGACAGUAGUGGUUCAUUCAAAGUGGAAGCUGAAUUUUUGGGUUUUGUUGAUGGCAAAGUCCAAUUGCAUAAGACUAACGGAGUUAAGAUUGCUGUUGCUGCUCAAAAGUUAUCUGUUGAAGAUUUGGAGUACGUUGAAAAAAUAACUGGUGAAAACCUCUCCAAGUACAUUGACGAAGUUAUUAAAGUCAGCAACAAACGUAAAGCUGCUGCUGUUGCUAAACAACAACAAGAUCAAGAUCAAGCUCAACAAAAACCUGAUUUUAAAUCUCGUCCAUCUGCUACAGCAAUUAUCAACGAUACAAGCUCACCAAAGAAGACCUCCUCUUCAAAGAAUGAUAGAAUUGUGACAACUGAACCAGAUUACGACUGGUUUGAGUUCUUUCUCAAAUGUGGUAUUGAUAUUGGUAAUUGUCAAAGAUAUUCAGUUACAUUUGCUAGAGAGCAAAUGGAUGAAAACUCCAUGCCCGAUAUUGCUCCUUCGUUAUUAAGAACCUUAGGUUUAAGAGAAGGUGAUAUAAUCAGGGUCAUGAAAUAUUUGGACAAUAAGUUCAAUAGAAAGAGAGGUGAAGCAGUGGACUCUCAACAACAAGAAGGUGGCUUGUUUACUAAUGUAACUGGUGGUUUAAAGAAUAAUAAUUCCAACACUGAAGUGUCAAGAAUCAAUCCUUCUGCUUUGCCAUCUCAAAUUCCUGCUACAACAGUAACUGAGCCAUCUAAAUCAGUUUCUCCAGCUUCUCCAGCUUCACGUCAACCACAAAACCCUGCACUUCUACAAUCAAAGGAAGACGAUGCCUGGGCAGUCAAACCUGCUGCUAGAUCCAAUGAAGAUUUAUCGAAACCAGCAACCCCACAACCUCAAACCCCACAAUAUACUGGCUCGUUACAAGAUUUGGUCAAUAUCAAGCCAUUAGAAGCAGGCAAGGACGCUACAAAGUCACAAGUUAACCAACCUUCAGUGCCAUCUGCUCCAUCAUUGACACCAGUGAAAACCGGUUCAUUGAUUCAACCGGGCCAGCAAUUUGCAGUUCAAGGUCAAGUAAAUGGCCCAACUCUUGUUCCUGCUCAAAAGACUGGAACCCUCAUCCCAGUGCAACGUACUGGUGGUGGUUUAAUACCUAUGCAACCUACUGGUUUCAUGCCAAUUACCGCACAGCCUACUGGCUUUGUUCCUAUUCAAGCAACUGGUUUAAUACAACCUCUGUUCAUUGGUAUUAUUCCAGUAACAACUGGUAAUGUGAUGGCAGGACCUCCAACUACAACAUUUAACCAGCCAUCACUACAACCGGGUGGCAUUACAAUGCCAACAACAACGUUUGGUCAACCUUCCUUAGUACCUGCUCAAAGGACCGGAGGAUUGGUUCCUGUACAACGGACUGGAAAUGGAUUUGUUCCCCAGUCGGCCUUUGGCCAACAGAUCACUGGUGGAGUACCUCAAACUUCAUUUGGUCAACCUCAAUUAACUGGUGGAUUACCUCAAACUACAUUUUCCCAACAGAUUACUGGUGGAGUUCCCCAGACAUCUUUUGGUCAACCUCAAUUGACGGGAGGGUUACCUUCAACUACGUUUGGUCAACCUCAAUUGACUGGAGGAUUGCCUCAAACAAGUUUUGGUCAACCUCAAUUGACUGGAGGAUUGCCUCAAACAAGUUUUGGUCAACCUCAAUUGACUGGAGGAUUGCCUCAAACAAGUUUUGGACAACCUCAAGUAACAGGCGGAUUUUCCCAAUCAAGUUUCGGCCAGCCUCAAGUAACUGGUGGUUUACCACAGACAUCUUUUGGGCAACCUCAAUUUAAUGGAGGAUUGCCUCAAACCAGUUUGGGGCAACCCAAUGUAACUGGUGGGUUAUCUCAAGCAUCAUUUGGACAACCACAAGGAUAUCCACAAACUUCAUUUGGUCAACCAACAAAUUUUGGCCAACCUACUGGUUUUAGCCAACCUACUGGCUUUGGUCAACCACCUGUCAAUGCUUUUGGACAACCAAGCUACGCCUCUUCACCUGUAGGAGCAACUUUUGGCCAGCAAUCGCUAGCAUUUAAUAACGGAAUGGACCAAAUGACUAGUAUGUUCCAGAACACUUCCUUAAGUAAUGGACCUCAACAACAGAUGCCACAAGCAUCCUUUGGACAAGAAAAUACAUUGCAAUCACAACCAACAGGAUUUGGAUUCGGAAAUACUCCUUUACAGUCACAAGCAACGGGCCAACGGAAGGCAAACUUACAGAAUGCUACACCUGAUAAUCCUUGGGGCUUUUAG